GAGAAUGAUGUUGGAAGUGGGGUGGGGCUUGAAGUUCUUGGACAAAGGCGUAAAUAGAGAGAGAAGAGGUGGAGACUUGGAGGGACCGAAAAUAACGUGCGAACUAUAGCGCAUGGGCAUUAUUUGCAAGGAGGCGCCAGGGAAAUCAGAGAAAACGAAGAAAUCUCGUGAGAUCAAGAAAGCCGGGGAGUGACGGUGAAGAGUCUCGCGACAAUUGUCUUCAGUAUUUGGAGUUUGGGAGAAAUGAGAAAACCUCGCGAGACUUACAUGAACCUGAGGUAGUAGCAGCGACGCCAGCAGCCCUGGAAGGGAGUAGAGGACUCCGUCCUCCCCAACCUGCGGCUGCUGCUGCUACCAUGCGUUCUGAGGCCUUCCCGAUCCCUUUGCUAAUGGUCAUCGUGCUUUGGGGGAUCACCCCCUCUUGGGGGCUCAUUCGAGCCACCUCAGACCACAAUGCCAGCAUGGACUUUGCAGAUCUUCCUGCCCUUUUUGGGGCUUCCCUGAGCCAAGAGGGGCUCCAGGGAUUCCUGGUGGAGGCUCAUCCUGCCAAUGCCUGUAGUCCUAUUAACCCUCCACCUCUUGCUCCUGCCAACGGCUCUGCCUUUAUUGCCUUGCUUCGGAGAUUUGACUGCAACUUUGAUCUUAAGGUUCUAAAUGCUCAGAAGGCUGGGUACAGAGCAGCUGUAGUCUACAACGUGAAUUCCAAUGAACUUUUGAACAUGGUGUGGAAUAGUGAGGAAAUUCAGCAGCAGAUCUGGAUCCCAUCAGUGUUUGUGGGAGAGACAAGCUCAGAGUACCUGCGCUCCCUCUUUGUCUACGACAAAGGGGCCCGUGUCUUGCUGGUCCCAGACAACACCUUUCCUUUAGGCUAUUAUCUCAUCCCCUUCACUGGAGUUGUGGGCCUGCUGGUUCUGGCCAUGGGGGCUGUGCUGGUAGUGUUUCUCUUCUCCCCCUGCCAGGUAGUUCGAUGUAUACAGCACCGGAAGCGGCUCCAAAGGAACCGAUUGAGCAAAGAGCAGCUAAAACAGAUUCCCACACAUAAUUAUCAGAAAGGUGAUGAAUAUGAUGUCUGUGCUAUCUGUUUAGAAGAAUAUGAGGAUGGGGACAAAUUAAGGAUACUACCAUGUGCUCAUGCCUAUCAUAGCCACUGUGUUGAUCCCUGGCUCACCCAAACCCGGAAGACUUGUCCAAUCUGCAAGCAGCCAGUUCAUCAAGAACCUGGGGAAGAGGAAGAGCAGGAAGCAGAAGAGGAUGGGGACAGUGGAAACCCAGUCUCUGAGCGGACCCCCCUCCUAGGUCCUUCUAGCAUUCUUCCACCUUCGUUUGGUGCUGUUUCUCCUACCCUUCCUGAAGAAUCUUCUACUUCCUCAUCCCCCUCAGUUGUUCUUGUCUGACCUGAAUUUGCACCUUCACCCUUAAAGGAUUUCCUGGGCUAGAGCCAGGUCCUUCCCCUUCUACAUCAAAAGAUUUUCACUGUUGGGUUAAUAAAAUUGCUUUGUUUCUGAA